AUGGAUGAGCUCCGGCCGGAGCUGCGCAUCAACGAGGCAAAUCCACUAACAGUGGGCAUGGAGGUGCAGUCCAUGUCCCUCAACCCCGACGGCGCCGGAGCUCAAUCAUGGCUGCUCGAUGCCCAAGCUGGAUCAGCUGGAGCUCAUCCAUGGCCGCUGAUGCUCAAGCUGCCGUUGGAGCUCCAUUGCCUCGCCGUCCUAACCGACACCGCCGCUGGAUCCACGCCCUCUUGCCCGUCCCAGACCACGCCGGACCUCCCCUGUGCCCUGCCGCCGGCGUCCACAACCGGGGCGCCUCCGGCUCUUUGUUUGACUGACAAGAAAUAUAAUAUGACCGCAUCCACGUGGCGGUCUGAUGACCCGCCUCCCGCCACGGUCAUCCUCGACGCCGUGAUCCACGCCCGGGCAUUCUUGGUGGGAGGUGGAAUGAAUAGUACUCAUCUGUUUGUGGCCAUGGCCUUGACAAAAUUCAAUGAUUAUGCUGAGGUACUUUCCAACAUCAAUGCAUGUCACCAAUUCUUCAGCUGGAUGGCGUCAGGCAUCAUAACGGCCAUGCGUUAUAGACGGAACACCCCAGAGUCACCAGAUGAAGAGAACGCAGCUGCACAGCGCCAGAUUCAAGAGGAAAUUGAGCAGCUGGACACUAAACUUCGGCAGCUGAAGAAUUGUCUUUGGAAGCUGAAGACAACUAUGCCCAAGAUGCUUGACCUCAUUGAUAAGGUUGAGUGGCAAAGCCAUAAGGAAAAAGCGGCUGUUCUCCUCCCGGAUAUCAAGGAUGCAGUGUACGACGCAGAGGACCUGCUUGAUGAGUUUGAUUAUUAUGCCCUCAAGUUGAAGGUUGAGUGUAGCAAAAAAUUGGGGCAAGAUCACUUGCAUGGGACCUUUCUGGAAUUCUUAGACGGUGUCGGGUCUAACGAUUACAUCAGAAAAGUCGACGAUAUUCAAGUAAAACUAGAUCAUGUCAAUCGCCAGGCGAAAGAUAUGGGUUUGCACCAAGCAGAACUGAAGUUUGAUAAAUCAGUUAGGCCAGAAACAAGCUCUUUCUUUAAUGAGCCAAAAAUAUUCGGCCGUGAAGAGGAACUGAAGCAAUUGGUGGAAACACUAGGAGUUAAAAGUACACGGAAGAGAGGUGCUGAAGCUAAUGCAAGAAUGACAGAGUUGCCUGUGUUGCCAAUAGUUGGCAUUGGAGGUAUUGGAAAGACAACAAUGGCCCAACAAAUCUGCAACGAUUCAAAGGUGAAGGAGCACUUUGAUCUCAUAAUUUGGACAUGUGCUUCUGAUGAUUUUGACAUAAAAAGGUUAACCAGAGAGAUUAUAGAACACCUGGGAAAAGAUGCCUCAUCUAAUAACCUGGAUUUUCUUAUGAGAAAACUAGAAAACUGUAUCAAGUCCAAAAAGUUCUUACUUGUCGUUGAUGACAUGUGGGAUGAUAUCUUGAAGGAUGAUGGGGCAGGAUGGAAGAGGCUUUGUGCACCUUUGACAAAUGGUUCCGAAGGAAGUAGGAUUUUGAUCACCACUAGAUCUCCCGAGGUUGCUAACGUAGUUGGCCCUACGAAUCACUAUAAGUUAAAGGGCUUACAAGAUGGGGUAUUCAGGGAGUUCUUUAAAUUAUGUGCAUUUGGGUCCCCGGCAUCCGCCAGUUUUUGCCACAACCGGGAGUCAUUAGAGGGUAUUGGUGAAAAGAUACUUCCAAAGUUGAAGGGUUCCCCAUUGGCUGCAAAGACUAUUGGACGCUUGUUGAGAAUGGACCUAAGUACAUCACACUGGGAAACUAUAGUGGAAAGUGAACUCUGGCAGUUAGAACAAACAGCUACUGACAUUUUGCCAGUCCUUCGACUGAGCUAUAUGUACCUACCCCAAAAGUUAAAGAGAUGCUUCUCAAUUUGUGCAUUGUAUCCCAAGGAUCACAAAUUUGAGAAAGGUUUUCUAGCCGAUAUAUGGACAGCACAAGGAUAUGUGGUGGGUCCCCAAGAAGCAUCAUUGUGCUUUGAUGCCCUUGCAAAUCGUGCAUUCUUUCAGAGAGCAUCUCAUCGAAGUGAACUUUAUGUAAUUCAUGAUCUAUUGCAUGAUACUGCCCAACUGGUCUCAAAGGAUGAGUGCUUCAUCAUAAAGCAUGCGAGUGACCUAGAUAAAGUCCCUUCAAAUGUCCGUCAUCUGUCAAUAUUCACAAAUGGAAAAAUUACCUGUUCUGAGUUGAAGAGCAUUUGCAACAAGAAAAGUUUGAGGUCCCUGGUAUGCAAUGAAUCAUAUAGCGCAGCAAAAGAUUUUGCUCCGGUGAUUGACGAUUGGUUCAAGGAACUACUGAAAAUCCGUGUAUUCAGUUUUAAGCUCUCCAAAGUAAAAAAGCUACCUGAGAGCAUGGGUAACUCGAAGCAUCUGCGUUACCUUGGUUUACUCGGUGGUUCUACUUUCAGCACCCUUCCUUCAUCGGUUUGUCGCCUUCACCAUCUCAAAACUAUAGAUGCUGACGGUUGUGUAUUCGAAAGGUUUCCUCCAGGCUUCAGUGAUGCCAUCAUCUUACAGAAAAUUAAAUCAAAAAAGUUCACUUAUGACAGGGACCAGUCCGACAAGCUCUGCCUAGAAUGGUCCGAUCAGGGAACUAGUCGUAUGACGGUGGAGAUGAUGGAAAACCAGAUGGAAGCAUUACCUCACUGUAAUCUCCGACAUUUGCAUGUGCAUGGUUAUGGAGGUGAAUCUUUUCCUAGCUGGCUCCGGCCCAAGCUCCUGCCAAGGUUAUCUGCACUUCAAUUUUCUGUGUGUCGCAAAAUCAAGAGCAUACCAUUCCUUUUCCUGUCAGAGGGAGAGGGUUCACUUAAUUAUACAACAGGAUCAGAUAUCUCUAGUCGUCUUGAAGAGUUAAUUAUAAGGGCUUGUGAUGAAAUCGAUUGGCAAAGCUUGGUGGUUUUACCUACUUCCCUUACCAAGAUAGACCUUUAUAGUUCAGGCUAUUCCAUGGAUCACUUUGUGAGAAGCUUCCGUGACCUCACCUCUCUCACUGUUUUGAAAAUUCAGACGUGCAAAUCGUUAACAUCUAUUCCCCUGCAUCUGUGGAGUAGCAAUCUUCCAACCCUAGAGAAACUACAUAUUAUGUCUUGCGACUCUCUUAUAUCAAUAAGUGUCUCUGGAGCAAGUAGCAGCAGCAGCAAUGGUGUUAAAUGUUUGUCAUUUCUUUCUGAAGUAUAUAUUGGGUGUUGCAACGCACUAUUGAGCCUUGAUGAAUUUCUGACGACAGAUUAUCUACCUGUAGUGAAGAUCAUUCUAGUUCGUAAUUGUCAAGAGUUGACUUCCCUCAGUGUUGAUCAGCUUUACCGGUUGCAGGAGUUGGAAAUUUUCGAUUGUCCCAAGUUGAAUCCACAGAGGGUAAUGUCAUUUCCAUCCUCUCUGAAAAAGCUCCAUUUGUCAGGUUGUGAAGGCCUAAAACUCAUUGACAUCGACAAUAGCCAGUCAGGGAGUUCUCCAGCUCUGGAGAAACUGAGAAUUUCAUCGUGUCCAGGCCUCAGAUCCAUUGGUGACGCAACAGUUGUUUCUAAAAUAAAGUUUGUGGUCAUACGUGAUUGUGGCGAGCUCCAGGGAAUACGACUGCCAUUCCGUCGCGGGUACGUGCAAUGGCAGAGAAUUUAA